AUGCUUAAAUCCUUCUUCAAGAUGAUUGAUGUCGGAAAUAAAAUUCCCUGCCGCAGAGAAGCUUUGGCAGCUGGCAAAGUAAUAUUUUCUGAAGCAGGAUUUAACGAGUUAAUAACAAAAGGCAGCAAAAAAGGAGACAUAGUUCCACAUGCUGAAAUCGCAGGAAUUUUAGGUGCAAAAUAUACCCCAAAUCUGCUUCCAAUGUGCCAUCCUCUUCCACUAGACUCUGUCCAUGUUGAAGUAAAGCCCAAUCACGAAACCAAAUCUGUUGAUGUUCAAGCAUUUGCUGCAGCCCAUGCCAAGACUGGAGUAGAAAUGGAAGCUUUAACAGCAGUUAGCGUAUCAUGCUUAGUCCUCCCUCGUGAGCCAGCAAAAACUAUUGAAAAAUCCCAUUUUUUUGCUCAAAAACGCAAGCGAACAAACAUUUUUUAUGAAAAAUUUUGACAUAUAAGUGAUAAUUAUUAUAAUGAAAUCUCUAGCUAAUUCUCUCGAAUAUAAAUAGUUUGCUUUUAAACAUAAAUCUACAAAUUUAAUAAAUAUUACUUUAAAGUUAUUACGAAUUGGGUUUUUUUAAAUAUUGAUAAGGGUGGAAUUAGCAGUUUAUGAUAUGUGUAAAAACUUUGACAAAUCAAUGAGAAUUGAAAAUAUUCAUCUAGUAAGUAAAAUAAAACAUGAAAAUUAG